CAGCCCACGUACGUGGUAAUACAGAUCUGGCCUAUAUAUGAAAUCUACUAGGCCGCUGAUCAGUUCAAUUCCUCCCCCUUCACAUCAUCAAAUCCACCAACCUCCACGGCACGCUUCCCCACUACACCACUGGUAUCUACCAAAGUAUCUACAGUUCCCCACUGUGAUCUCGGCACACGCCUUCGCCUUUCUCUCUCCUCGGAGUUCUCCGAGAAAGCAUAACUGCCGACUCCACAUCCCCAGAUCCCGGUUUUCCCGUAUUGGCGUUAAGAGUGCUGCACGCCAGUUAUCGCCAAUGGCUCUCCUCAUUUUCGCCGUUCUUUUGUUCGCCGUUAGCGCCAUAGCGCGGGCUAUCACCGAAGCUCCAUCACCGGCGAUUAUUACGCCAGCCCCGGUGGCGUCAUGCCCGUUGACAAGUGCCGUUCCAAGCUGUGGUCGCGAAUGCCUCAUUGACGCUGCCAACGCCGCUGGUUGUUCCAACCUCUUCGAUCUGAAGUGCCAGUGCCAGAAUGCGGGCGCCAUACGCAGCAUAGCCUCGCCAUGCGUCCAAAGCGCCUGUGGGGAUGACCUGGGCGUGUCGUUGAACUCGGUCGCGCAGGCUAUCUGCACCCAGUGUGUCUAGGCAAUACGGAGCAGUGACGGUUUCUUUCUAUCUGCUGUUUGUUUGUUGAUGGCGAUGAAUUUAGUUUAUCCAUACUUUACAUCUCUGCUUUACACAGCACGGGCGCACUGGAAGCAGUGGGCGGAACAUCGUUUCCGGGAUAUCCAUGAGCAUUGUCUUGCCAACUGCGCGGUGAAAGUUCUUUGCUGGUUUUGUCAGCAAGUGAAAGUUGUGGUUGGAGCAGUGGAGAUCGGGUUAGCGAGGCCCCGGGCAUGCCAUAACUCCGAGAUAGCCAGCGCCAAGAGUCUUGUUUUUCCAGACAGCGCUAUCUCGACGGUAGGAUUUAAGCUUACCAAUGACGUACACUAUACAAUACAAUAAGCUCGCCCCGGUCUUUUCUUGCCCAGAAGCGAGCUGCCGAACAA